UUUUGGGUCGCCCAUUUACUACCGCAUACUCUCUUCCUGUAUAUGUUUGUUGGAGAGAUUAGGGUUAGCCUAGCUCGUGGAAACUCUUUAAAAAUGCUAAAAAUUAAGUGAUUCAUGUUAAAAGAGAAGCCGGGGCUGAUAACUAUGGGUUAUAUUAGCAGUUUGUGGUGAUGUUGGUUGGACAAUGAGACUCAGAGGUUGGUGUUAAAGUAAUCUAAGCUGCAUGUUCAUGCUACCAAAGACUGGAGGAGUCUCUGUCGGCAGCUGGUGUUGCUGAUUCACUUACAGCAGAGAGAUAACUGGAUUACAAGACUGAGAGAGCCUGAUCUCCCCAAAUAUGUCGUGGUUCAAUCAGGUCAAUCAGGCCUCGCUUCAGCAGCAACAACAGCAACCCACUGACGGGUUCACACUGACUCAUAACCCCGGAUUCAGGGGUCCAUCGGAGGGAUCACCGUCCAUGGCUGUACAACACUGGACAGGCUUCCCCGGCACCCCCAGCCCGGAGGACUUUCCAUCAGCUCCACGGGGUGUACUGAACCCUCUGAGUCUCGAGAAGCUGUCCUGUUCUUCUCCCAGUACAGGUCACGUAGGAGACCCGGAGCCUAUCUCUUAUGUGAGCCUCCAGGAGCAGCGGUGCGUCCUGAGCUGGUACAAGGGCUGGACCUCCAGUCAGAGGGAGCGGUUCAUGCAGGAUCUUCUGGGGAAAGCUGUGCCUGGGAAAGUGUGCACCCUCCUAGAUUCACUCAGUACUCUUCAGGUAAAAGACAGACUACCAAACAUCUUUGAAUGCCAGCUGCGCCUGUGGACCCAGUGGUUUGUGUCUUGGGGGGAAGAGGAGAGGAACCAUUUCCUUCACUUGCUGGAGGAGUGGGACCCAGUUUUUGUUGCUCACUUUUACAGAUGUGUAGCUGGCACAGCAGGAAGAGACUGAGCAGUAUUUACAUUCUGAUAUAAAUGCAAGUGAAAAUAAAAACAUGUGCUUCAGAGGUUAUAAGUUGUGGGUAACGUGUUAGGUUGAAGAUAGUUGUCUUGCAGGAGAAGUGUGUGUGACUGUGAUAGACCACAUUAACAUGGGGGCCAUGCUCUUCUGAUGUCACAGUUAGAAUAGGACGCUCCAGUGCUAAUGUAAUGUCCGACAGCUGGGUUACAGGUUUGAUUGUAUGCAAGUGAACGCUUCCACAAUGAUCAGCAAAUAAGAAGACAAUAGACUGUGAAAAUCCUGAUGGACAGCCAGACAUAUUUCCCACAGAUGGACUAAUAUAUUUGAGAGCAAAUGUCAGGGAUAAACCACUCCUGAGCAAACACAGCUGUAAGCUAGGGUCAGUUGUCAACACUGUAAAGCUGUAGCAUAAGCAUUAAGCUUCUUCCUAGCUUAACCAUAAAAUACAAUUAACCUUAAAAGUAACCUACACAACUUUUAACCUAGAACACAGCAGUAUGACCUGAUAACAGUAGUUUAGCUCCAUACCCCAGUUGUGGCAUCAGAGGAUAAUGUCCUCCAUGUGAAUUGGAUUUACUGUCGAAGGUUAACCAUUUCAUUGUGAAAACAGAGGCUUCAUUCAAUAAAAGCUCUUCUGUUCUGUUCCUCUAACCAGCCUCUCAAUGGCAUAGUCAUCGUUCAGUUUUUUUAAACAAAGAAGAAAAAAUGAAGAAGAAGAAAUAAAGAAUGUUUUGCUUGGUGCUUCUGUUAUGGUUGAAACUGUCAUUGGGAUUUGAAAUUAACUCUCUUUAACUUGCAGGAUUAAAAUGUCCUUAACUUGGCUUAAUGACUGAACAUCCAGGAUGACUUUAAAAUGAGGAUAAAUCCUUUUUUCAAACUUGAACAAAUAAAAAAUAAAAGUUUUGUUAUUUA